AAAAAAAGUAGACCUGCAGAACAGAGAAUCUAAAACACUCACAAACUUCCUAAACAAAACAAAGGAAGAAGUCCAUUUUUCUUUCUUUUUACCGUUAGGCUGCAUUAGAUUUCCGUUAACGGCGCACGUUAGAAAUUAAUAAAAGCUAGCGCCCAUCACUGCUUUUCAUACCCUCCAUUGGAUCAGAUUUCUGAAAAGCAUAAACAAAACAAAAACCAAAAAAAUAAAAAAUAAAUAAAAGACAUCCCGAAAGAAAAAAAUCCAAAAGCUUCUCCAGUACUAAUGACAGAGUGAAACCAACGAUAUCUCCACCAACAGUCAUAAACACACGAAGGCUUCCUGUUUAUUAAGCUCGACUUAUUUGAAUUCAGUUUCUUCGAUUCCACUCAGUAAAAUGGAGGGGUUUACACCGAGUUUUGAGCUUCGAGUUACUGUUUUUAUGACGUUAUCUCCGCCGCUGGAUCCUCCUUCUUAUACUGUUGCUAAUGAGUUCUCCAGCUUGUAGUGCCUUGCUUUUUGUUUUUUUUUAUUUUUUUGGUUCUUAUGUUCAUUGUGACACUGUGAUCUCGCCGUUCAUUUUUUCUGAAAUCUCACAGAUCUAACGUGUAAUUUUAUAAUAAUCCACGGCGUCGGUGAUGUCGGUGCUUCCAGUCGCCAUUGGCACUGGUGCAGAAGUAUCAAGAAAAGUCUGCUGUUUUUUGCUGCAAAUUUUAGUUGUAUCAUGUUAUGUGAAUCCCAUCACCGAUGCUGAUGAUCAACUUUUCAAAGCACCAAUAACAUCUCCAAGUAGAGCUCCGUCGGCUUCACCAGCUAUUCCUGAUUUGCCCUUGCCAGCUCAUCUUCCAUCAUUUCAUAAACCUCAUAGAAAACAUUUUGCACCACUUGGUGCACCAUUAGUUGGGGUGUCACCUGCUGAACCUCCUAAUUAUGGUCCACUGAUUACUUCUAGUCAUGCACCUACUAGUUCUCGUUUCUCAAAGCCAUCCAUGAAGAAGAAUGCUUUAGUUCCUCCUAGUGUCGGAUUGGUAGACAUUGCACCAACACGAUCUAGUGAGGGUGCAAAUGCUACCGGUUUAGCUCAACCUCCAUUAUCUCCUCAGAUCUCUGAUUGUUGCAAACCUGACAUGGUGUUGAAACGAGGGAGUAAUGAUUGUCAUUGUGUGUAUCCAAUAAAGCUUGACCUUCUCCUUGUGAAUGUCUCACAAAAUCCUUCUUGGAACAAAUUUCUGCAAGAUUUAGCUUCCCAGCUUGGUUUGCGAGUUUCUCAAAUUGAGCUGAUAAACUUUUAUGUGCUGAGCUUGUCAAGAUUAAAUAUUUCAAUGGAUAUCACUCCUCACACGGGAAUCAGCUUCUCUGGCAGUGAUGCGUCUUUCAUAAACUCUUCACUUGCAUUGCAUAAGGUUCAUUUUGACUCUUCUCUCGUGGGUGAUUACAGACUCCUUAACCUUACCUGGUUUGAACCUCCAGCACCUUCCCAAGCUCCUGUUGCUGCAUCAUCUCCUGUGGAAGCACCAUCACAUCAAUCUGCAACUUCCUCAUCAGUCAGCACUUCAAACAGAGGCAAACGUUCGAAUCUGAUUCUUAUACUCUGUAUUGGUGCUGGCAUUAUAAUCAUCGCUGUAGUAACUAUGCUUGUGAUCUGCUCAUGUGCAUUUCGUGAAUGGAAACCUAAAGGAUCUCCCAAAGAAUCUGUGAAACCCAGGACUGUGGAUGCAGUUUCAGCAGGAGGAUCUCUCCCACAUCCUACCAGUACACGGUUUCUAGCCUAUGAAGAACUUAAAGAAGCAACAAACAACUUCGAACCUGCAAGCAUACUUGGAGAGGGUGGGUUUGGUAGAGUUUUCAAGGGUGUCUUAAGUGAUGGGACAGCUGUAGCAAUUAAAAGGCUCACUAACGGAGGGCAACAAGGGGAUAAAGAAUUCCUAGUUGAGGUUGAGAUGCUUAGCAGGUUGCAUCAUCGUAAUCUUGUCAAGCUUGUGGGCUACUUUACUAAUCGUGACUCCUCACAAAAUCUUUUGUGUUAUGAACUCGUUCCAAAUGGAAGCUUAGAGGCCUGGCUACAUGGUCCUCUGGGUGUAAAUUGUCCUUUGGACUGGGACACUAGAAUGAAGAUUGCACUUGACGCUGCAAGAGGACUUGCAUACCUGCAUGAAGACUCGCAACCCUGUGUUAUCCACAGAGAUUUCAAGGCAUCAAAUAUAUUGCUUGAGAACAACUUUCAUGCUAAAGUUGCUGAUUUUGGACUUGCCAAACAGGCACCGGAAGGCAGAGCAAAUUACCUUUCCACUCGUGUCAUGGGUACUUUUGGGUAUGUAGCCCCUGAGUAUGCUAUGACUGGACAUCUACUAGUAAAAAGUGAUGUUUACAGCUAUGGAGUUGUUCUCCUUGAGUUGCUAACAGGAAGGAAACCUGUUGAUAUGUCACAACCAUCUGGGCAAGAAAACCUUGUCACUUGGGCCAGGCCAAUUCUUAGAGACAAAGAUCGGCUAGAAGAGCUUGCUGAUACAAAGCUUAAGGGAAAAUAUCCAAAGGAUGAUUUUGUACGGGUAUGCACCAUUGCAGCAGCUUGUGUUGCCCCUGAGGCAAACCAGCGACCCACCAUGGGUGAAGUGGUCCAGUCACUUAAAAUGGUGCAGCGUAUCACAGAGUAUCAAGAUUCCAUGUCAGCCUCCAAUGCCCGGCCAAACAUGAGACAGUCAUCUACUACUUUCGAGUCUGAUGGGACAUCUUCAAUAUUCUCCUCAGGUCCUUACUCUGGUCUAAGUGCCUUUGACAACGACAACAUCUCUCGGACAGCAGUAUUCUCUGAAGAUCUUCAUGAAGGACGAUGAAUGGUCUCUUCUCUAAGGUAACCUGGAGGCUACUCUUAGUUUUUAGUCAUCUUCUGAUAGCCCAAAAUUUAUGAUACAAGGAGUUCGAUGAACUGAAGAUGGCAUCAGUAGGAAUUCUUUCAAAAAGUGGCAUAGAGUUCAUAGUUGUGAUUGGUUGGAGGUGGUUCUGUUUUCUUUUUCAUUGUGCCGUGUCGAAGAUCACUGAAGUUUUCCCGAAGGCAGUGGUUCUCCUCGACAUGGUUGAUGAAAUUUUGUAAAUAUGCCUUUGUAGCUUGUGUUUAUUAGAUUGUUCUUCGGGGUUUUUUCUUUUGCUUAAUCGUUUCUUCUUUCAUCAUCAUAUUUCCUAAAUUAAUGCUGUCCUCUCCAGGAUUUUCUUUCGA